AUGGCCUCCCUCUAUGGCAGCGAGCUGAAGUGCGUCAGCGUGGAGUGGGAUUUCCUGCAGGGGCUGCUGGUCAAGAACCAGCCGGUGCCCUGCCUGCAGGCUCUACGGAAGGAAAAAUCCCGCAACGCAGCACGUUCCCGCCGAGGCAAGGAAAAUUUUGAGUUUUACGAACUGGCCAAGCUCCUGCCACUGCCCGGCGCCAUCACCAGCCAGCUGGACAAGGCCUCCAUCGUCCGGCUCACCAUCACCUACCUGAAGAUGCGCACCUUCGCCCUCCAGGGAGACCCCCCCUGGACCCUGCGGGCAGAGGUCCCUGCUGCCUCGGCAGCUUCCGAUCGGAGGAGUAUGAACGGGCUGCUGACGGAACUCUUUGAAAAGCACUUAGGGGGCCACAUCCUGCAGUCCCUGGAUGGCUUCGUCUUUGCACUGAACCAAGAGGGGAAAUUCCUUUAUAUCUCCGAGACUGUGUCUAUUUACCUGGGCCUUUCACAGGUGGAGCUGACCGGCAGCAGCAUCUUCGACUACGUCCACCCUGGAGACCACCUAGAAGUGGCCGAUCAGCUGGGGCUGAAGGCUCCCCUGGGUCCCGGUCACCCCCACCGCCCCAAAGCCUCGUCCGAGGGUCCUCAGUCAGAUCUUUCUAGUUCCCGCGCUGCUGAAGGAGAUGAAGGCCUGGAACGUUCCUUCUUCGUCCGUCUGAAGUCCACUUUGACCAAGAGAGGACUUCACAUCAAGACUUCAGGCUAUAAGGUGAUUCACGUCACGGGCCGCCUCCGUUCCCGACGUCCGUCCUAUUCCCACGCCCACUCGGUGCUGGGCCGGGUACUGGGACUUGUAGCGCUGGCCCACACCCUGCCCCCAUCCACCCUCAGCGAGGUGCGCAUCGAGUGUCACAUGUUUGUCUUCCGGGUCAACAUGGACCUUCAGAUCGUGUACUGUGAGAGCAGGAUCACCGACUACAUGGACUUUUGUCCCUCGGAACUCGUGGGGAAGAGCUGCUAUCGGUUCAUUCAUGGAGAAGACGUUGAAGGGAUCCAGCAAAGCCACUUGGACUUGUUGAACAAGGGACAGGUGGUCACCCGCUAUUAUCGUUGGCUGCAGAAGAAUGGGGGCUUCAUCUGGGUCCAGUCCUGCGCCACCAUCUCGGUCAACGUCAAGAAUCCCUCCGAAAAAAACAUGGUGUGGGUGAACUACAUCCUCAGCAAACCAGAAUGCAAGAACAUCGCUCUGGAUGUUUUCCAGGUUCCUGGCAUUCCCGCCAGACAGACGGAAGCUCCCAGCGCAGGAACGGAUUUCAAAGAGACUGACCGGGGGAAGCCGUGCCCGGCCAGCAAACCACCGGGGACCCUGGCCCAGUCCUACCCCAGAAGUGUGGCCGAAAUGAGGCGGCACUGCCACCUGGUGGAGAGCAAGCCCAGUGGUCCUGAAACCAAAUACCCAGAAGAGGCGGCAUCGGAGGAGGGGGCUGGCAGCAACACAGAGACCCCUCCCAGGAAGCGCAUCAAGCUGGAGUUCUCUCCUGAGAGCCCCCUAUCCAAGGGGAAGGAGGAGACCUUGCCGACCAGCUCCGAGGACUCCGACAGCAGCAGCGAUUCGGAGCCAGAGCUGGUCCCCCAGCAGACGGGGCUCCUGGCCAGGAAGGUGAAUGGUUGCAAGACCGGCGGGCGGAAGACCAUGGUUCCCAGCCGACCUUGCACAUCAGAGUUCACCUCUGUCAUCCAGACCCAAAAGGGUGCCUCCCUCAGAGCCAGUCCGGCCCUCAGCAUCAAAUCGGAGCAGGGGUUCCAGGCCAAAGUGGGGCUCUGGACCUGUCCUGGGGCGAAGGCCAGUCCUUUCCCUGUGAACAAAGCCCUUCGGCUGGAGAAGCCUGUAGUGAGACAGGCGUCCUCGCAUUUGUAUGUCUCCAUCCCAGACUCGGUGCUCACCCCACCCGAGAUGGACAGCGGUCCGGCCAAGGGGCCCUUCAGCGCCUCUCCCCGGGCGGCUCCGUCCUCCUCGGGGGACACGCUCUCGCCUCCGCUCUCGGGCUCCCCCUGUGAGGACCGGGGCACCACCACACCUUUCACUCCGCUGAUCUACCCGACGGAGAUGGAAGUUCUCCAGAGGUUCCACACGAGCAACGUGGUCGUCCCUUUGAUGCAUCAGCUCGGCAAUCCGCACUCCAGCUCCCCGGCCGGCUCCCCGGGACUCUACACCACGAGUACUAUUCGCUACGCUCCCGCGGACAUGACCCUGGCCAUGCCAAGCAACAUGCUGCCGCCUUCCCACCACCCACUCAGCCUCAUGGACAUCAGCAGUGCCGAGGCCAAGACCUCCCGGGAGAUCAUGUACCAUCACCUGCAGCGGUUGAACAUGGUGGCCCCGUUUGGGAACUCAGCUAGCUUGGCCCAGAUUUCCGGGGGAGCCUUUGCGGCUGCUGACUCUUUGUUUUCCACCCUGCCCUUCUCUGUGGCCAGUGGGGGUAUCCACAGUGGGUCAGCUCUGGAACGCAAGGAGGAUUAACCACGCAUUGAUGGUCCGUGAUCAAAUCGGUGUCCUCUUUGCCCAGAGAACCACGGUUGAAUCCUGCCUGCAAGAGAGCGAUCGGAUCUUGAGAUAGCUCGGUGCUGGGGUGCUCACCAGCCUUCUGGAAGCCCGGGGGAAGAAACAUUUAGUCCUGGAAGAAGUUACUACCUACCUACGUACCUGCUCAUCACAUCUCUUUCCUAGUCCUCGGCGCCAAGGAGAGUGGAUGGCCCAUCGCCAUCUUCUGAAGAUCGGCGGUGGAUUGAAAUGGGGGUGUUUGGUGGAGGAUUUUGCUUGGAGGAAUGUGGAAAAUCUAUCCAAACUUCCAGGAAAAAAGUCCCACAGACGUAUUGAGGGGCACCUCCCACGCACAUCUGUAUCUGUGUUCCUGCUGCUAGAACUUGACUGAUUUUAAAAACUCGGGGAAGUGGGGGGGUUUGUCGGUGGUCAAUUAUAACCUGCAUUUAUGUGCCAAUGAAAAGUUGCCCGCCGUUGCCCACCAUGCCUCUCCUCAAUGUGCUUAUUCCAGCCUGUCACACCAGCAGUUCACAUUGUUUUGCUCCCGUUGAAUUAAUCCUUGAAAUAUGCAAUAGGGACAAAUCCAUACGAGGACACCGCGAAGAUCAAUCAAAUCAAGUAUAGAAAAUGGUGCGAAUGGAUCCUUCUAGGAACGUGGCCGCGUGGCCUUGCUGUGCA